GUUACUCUGUAAAUAAAACUUUAAUUCUUGGCACUAAGUUAUUGCUAUGUUUUGUUACAGACGUCUAUGAAGCAAAGACCAAAAACUCAUCAUGUCGGUGAUAUACAGCGAAGUUGCGGUUGAAGAUGUCUCUGGUAACAGUUUCUGGAUGGUGAGACACUUCAAAUACGAUGAUAAGCAGCAAAGACACCAGUAACUGAUUAGUUCAUUAAUAAAGUCAUGUGUUGACAACAUAAUUUUAUCUCUUAAUAAAUCAGUAGUAAGACUUCACAUUAAAUAUUUAGUGUACCUUUGGCACCAAAUUUCAAGAAGGACAUAUUGGAAUUGAGAAAAAUGCAGAGGUGGGAUGCGAAAUUGUAAAGGUGGAUGGAAGUAGGGCUGCCAUCAGAAAUUUUAGGGCCCCUGACACAGCUCAAGAUCUGGGUCCCCUGGGCCAGCCCCGAGUCCACCCACAAGGAUGAAGUGUGUGUGUGUCAUGGAUGCAGUUUGUAUAGUGGAUGCGGUAUGUGUGUCAUGGAUGCAGUGUGUAUAGUGGAUGCAGAUUGUACGUUUUGUGUAAUGUAUGUAAUGUUUGUAUGCAUGCAUUAGAUGCAAAGGUGUGUGUGUAGUGAAUGUAGGUGUGUAUAGUGAAUACACAGUGUGUGUUUUUGUAGUGCAUGUAGUGUGUUUGUAGUGAAUGUAGUCUGUAGUGAGUGCAGAGUGUGUAUAGUGCAUGUAGUGUGAUUGUAGUGAGUGCAAAGUAUGUUUAGUGAAAGUAGUGUGAUUGUAGUAAAUGCAAAAUGUGUAUAGUAAAUUGUAGUGUGUUUGCAGCGAGUGCAAAGUGUGUAUAGUGAUUGUAGUGAGUGAAAAGUGUGUUUAGUGAAUGUAGUGUGAGUGUGUGUAGUGCAGAUUGUGUUUAGUGAAUGUAGUGUGUGUGUAGUGCAGAGUGUGUUUAGUGAAUGUAGUGUGAGUGUGUUUAGUGCAGAGUGUGUAAAAUAGGCGGGAGGGGAGUAUUUUUUAUUUAUUUGUGUAUAUUUCAAUUCUAUUCCCCCCUCCCUGCUUCUUACCUUGCCAGGGAGGGGGGAGAUUGCAUACCCUGGUGGUCCAGUGGCAUGGUGGAGGGAGACAGACGCUGUACAUUGCAGAGGGGGGCCCAGCAGCACACUGUCUUCCUUUCCAGCUCCUCUCUGACUAACUCUCGCGAGACCGGCCUGCGUGCUGUGCGGAGCGUUGCCAUGGUAACCUGUGGCAACGCUCUGGUGGCCGGAGGGCGCAGGAAAGUUAAACAGAGAGCAGUUGGAAAGGAGGACAGAGUGUGCUGCUGGGCCCCCUCUUCAAUGUACAGGUAGCAGCGUGCCCACAGUGCACAUAUAUAUAGCGAAAAUCGCUAUAUAUAUGCACAUAAGGAAGGUGGGGCUUGGACUGCCAGAGUAGUCCGGGCCCCCCACGAACGCCGGGCUCAUGACAACCGUUAUGGUUGUCAUGCCCCGAUGAUGGCCCUGGGUGGAAGACUUUAGUUAUGAAGAGAAGUUGCCUUAAAAAAAAAAAGUAUAAUACACUUAACGCGUUUCACCAUACAAUGGCUUUCUCAAAAGUGUUUACAGAAGGAAGGACCAGAGCUGCUUUAAAUAAGGAGGGAAAUUCAAAAAUAACUACUGUGUGAUUCAUGGGUCCCAUGGCCAACAUUAAUUAACAUAAUAUUUAUAGAAAAAGAUAAAAGAGCAAACUAUAUACUUAUACGGUGUAAUAUUAUAAAUAAUAAUAAAGAUAUAACAAUGAGCCAGUAAACCUUAUGAAAUAAAACCACAUAGAUAUGGACAUAAAAAAGAGAAAAUAAAUAAUACAUAAAAAUAACAAUACAUAAAAAAGAUAAUGCAUAAAAAUGAUGAUAAUAAAAAUAGAAGUGCUAAAAAAUAGUUAUACUCGAGAGGUGGCAAUAUAGAAUAUAAUAAAAUAUAAUAAAAAAUACUGUGAAAAAGGGCCAUAUUAACAGGGUUAUUCCAAGUAUAUAAAAUGAACAAAAAAAGGCUAAAAUGAAUACGAGACUUGUGGAUAAAGGGGGGAAUAAGGGGCAUACAUAAAAUGUGGGACAAGAUAACUGAAGUGUGAUUAUAAAAAGUUAAAUAGAUCGAAAUCAGAAUUUAGAUCGGUAAUAUUGCCACCUCUCCAUGGCAAAGUGCAGACUUCUAUAGCAUAAAAGUUCAGGAAUUUGGGGUUUCUAUUACGUAUUAAAAAGUGUUUAGACACUGUAUGAUUACUAAAACCUGUCAAAAUAUCCCUGCAGUGCUCUGCUAUCUUGGUUUUGAGAUUUUAGGUUGUCAUCCCCACUUAUUGGAGACCACAAGGGCACUCCAAUACAAGACAUACAUUUUAGAUUCUUUGUUCAUAAUGUUGUAAGAAUGGUCAGUGUGUUUACACGCCGAACACAUUUUGCAUUUAAAAAAACCUGUUUUGUUGAAAAAUAUGUUUUUUUGUUUAAUAGAUUUUCUUGCAUAGUUUGUAGUUAAAAAGGAUCUAAGGUUUGGAGCUCCCAUAAAGACGAUUUUAGGUUUGGAUGGUAAAAUCUUAUUUAGUAUGUCGUCUUCUUUAAGUAUGUCCCACUGCUUGUUGAUUAUUUUUUUUACUUGGUUUUAAUCUUAAGAGCUGGCUCUUAUGGACACUGUUGAGCCAGGGGGCAUUGUGACAACUUGUAAGAUCUAUGAAUGUGUUAGUGUGUACGUUUUAAAAAGGUUUUCGAGGUCUAGAAAGUUGAUUGAGGUUUUACUGUAAUUUAAACUUAUGCCUCUAAAAAUUUGGUUAACACUACUUUUGACCCUAUCCAAAUAAAAAACAGAUCAUCGAUGUAACCACGGUAGAGUACCAGGUUCGCUCCCCAGCCAUGCCCACCCCACACAGUGGAAUUUUCCCAAUCCGCCAUGAAGAGGUUGGCAUAGCUGGGGGCAAACCUAGGCCCCAUUGUGGUACCAUUCUUCUGAAGAUAAAAAGUGUCAUAAAACCAGAAAUAAUUAUUAUUUAAAAUCAACUGGAUACCAAUAAAAUCAAUUUGUGAUUGGGAAAUGUCUUUUUCUUUAUCUAGUAUACUUCUUAUUGCACUAUAACCUAUGUCAUGGGGAAUGAUAGUGUACCACGACUGUACGUCGCUACUUACUAAAAUGUAAUCUGCUUCCCAUUCUAUGUUUUUUAAAAUUUGGAGGAGGCCCAUACUGUCUCUUAAAUAGGACUUAGUGUUUUGUACAUAGGGUUGGAGGACGAUGUCAAUAUAUUCAGAGAGAUUUGAUUGAACUGAAUUUAUCCCUAAAACGAUGGUUCUACCUGGAGGAUUUUUUAUGUCUUUGUGUAUUUUGGAAGGAAGUAUAUAACAGGUAUUGAUGGAAAUUGUACAUUGAUGUAAGAGUACUCCGAAUUAUUUAGGAUUUCCUCAUCUUUACCUUUAUCAAUCAGGAGUAGUCAUUUCUUUAUAGUUCCGGUAGGGUCAUGAGUGAGUUUUUGGUAUAUAGAAUCAUUAUUAAGAUAUUUAUAUGCUUCUUAUUAAGGUGUUUAUAUGCUUCUAGAGGCAGAAGAGCUGGUAGAAGAAUCCAAAAAAGGAAGGAUCGAAUAAAUACCAACAGCUCUCCUAAAGAAGAAUCAAGAAUUUUUAACCUAUCACAUAAAGUUUUAACCUCCACAACACCACUAUCUUAAACACUUUCAUUGAAAAUAUAGGCGCUUUAGAUAGAAACUCUCUUCUGGAAUACAAAACAAUACAAAAACAAGAUAUAAUGCUCCCUCUAGUAUUUGAUUAUAGCAACAAAAGCCACCAAAUGAAAAAAAUAAUCAACAAGCAGUGGGACAUACUUAAAGAAGACGACAUACUAAAUAGGAUUUUACCAUCCAAACCUAAAAUCGUCUUUAUGGGAGCCCCAAACCUUAGAUCCUUUUUAACUACAAAUUAUGCAAGAAAAUCUAUUAAACAAAAAAACAUAUUUUUCAACAAAACAGGUUUUUUUAAAUGCAAAAUGUGUUCGGCGUGUAAACACACUGACCAUUCUUACAACACUAUAACCAAAUUUAAAUCAAAUAUUAUGAACAAAGAAUCUAAAAUCUUGUUACUUGUAACACGUAAAAUUUCUCAUGAACUAUUCAUAUAUGAAACAUUAUUUAUUAUGAAUAAAAUAAAAACAACUGUGAGAAAUUAAGAUUUUUUAAAAAAAAUGUGUAGUUCCGCCUGACAUUUUAGCUGUAAAUGUCAUUAUACUGUUAGCUUUUACUGCAAUAAAAUGCACAUAUUUGUAUUCAGCAAAGUCUCACGAGUACAACAGUACUCCCUAUUCACAGAUUUUACGGUGUUUUGGAAAGCACAUUCCAUUUUUCAUUUUUUCACAUUAAAAUUUGCCCGAUCAGUAAUGUUACCUUUGAGACCGUGUGGUAGCCCAGGAAUGAGAAUUAGCCCCAUGGUGGCAUACCUUUUGCAAAAGUACACAACUCAGCAGGCCCGGACUGGCCAUCGGGCAUACCGGGCAAAUGCCCGGUGGGCCGCGAUGGCCGUGGGCCCCUGCAGGGCCAGCGCUACCCUAUCAAAGAUCUCCCUCACCAGCCCACAGGCAGUGUCACAGACGGCCGCCGGCUGGGGAGUGAGUGAGGGAGGGAGGCAGGAGAGAGGACCGGCGGAGCUCUAACCAGCAGCUCCGCCCGGUCCUCUCGCGGGAUUCUGAGCCGCCCAGCUCUCGCGAGAGUGAACUCUAGCCCUGAAGGCUAGAGUUCACUCUCACCACUGGACCACCAGGGAAGCAUGACAGCAUGGCAACACGGCUCCCCCCCUCCCAGGCUAAAGGUAAGAAGGGGGGGGGGUGGGCAUAACUUUUUUUGUAAAAUUAUUAAUAAAACAAUAUAUAUUUAAAAUAAUUUCCCUAACAGCCCCCAACAGACACCCCCAGCACAGACACACACAGCACCCCCAAUUUUACUUCCCAAUUUACAACCCCAGACACACACACAGCACCCCAGACACACACACACACAGCACCCCCCAGACACACACACAGCACCCUAGACACACAGCCCCCAGACACACACAGCCCCCGACACACACACAGCCCCCCCAGACACACCCCAGACACACACAGCACACCCAGAUUUUAGCACCCCCAAGACACACAGCCCCCAGACACACACACAGCACCCCCCAGACACACACAGCCCCCAAUUUUGGCCCCCAGACACACACACACAGCCCCCCAGACACACACAGCACCCCAGACACACCCAGCACCCAGACACACACCUUUGAACACACAGCACCCAGACACACACAGCUCCCCACAGACACACCCAGCGCACCCCCAGACACACACAGCGCACCCCCAGACACACACAGCACACCCCCAGACACACACAGCACCCCCAGACGCACACAACACCCUCAGACAGACAGCACCCUCACUCCCACACAUAUACAGCACAUAUAUAUUAUAUAAAAUAACCCUCAGUGAGUUAACAGACAAAGAAAAUUAGAAACCCAGAAUGUGACGGCAGAUAAAAACACCCUCACACACAGCACUCCUCUUACACAAACACGCUGCGCACCUCACACAUACAAUACGUCCAAAUAUAUUAUAUAUAUAUAUAUACAUAUAUAUGUACAUACACACACACACACACACACACACACACACACACUACAGCACCCCUCACACUGCACCACUACACACAUUACGCUCCAGAUACACGCUAAAUCCCUUACCCUAUAUGCACUCUUAAUCCUCUACACACACACAAUCUUCUAUACACACUCUGGGUCCUUUACACACUAGAUCUCUUACACACACACUGCACCACCUACACACACACUACAUUCUUUGUAAGCAAACACAUACAACAUUCUCUAAACACACCCUCUCUACACACAGUAGUGUGUGUGUAUAAGUGACACACACUACGUCACCUAUACACACACACUACUGCCCGUAUGCACACACUCGCUACAUCCCCUAUAACACUUUGCUCCUAUACACGUACUCUCUACAGCCCCUAGCCACACAUAUUACACCACAAAAUUGACCUAUUUACACAAUACCACACCACACUCUACACACAGGCAAUCCCACAAGCAUGCGCCAAACACAUGCACCAUACACUUUCCUGGCCCUUUUGUCCUCUGGUAUCCCACUUGUGGAGACACCAGAGACAAUUUAAAAGCAAACACAGCGCAAGCAUGUUAUUAAAUUUGCUUGCGCUGCGCAGAACAAUUACAGGGCCUUUUUCUAAUGCUAGAGCUCUUCAGCGGGGCUCUGCGCAUUGAACCAACAUGCUCACUUUCAGAGGGGGUGUACUUCUCAUUAGUGAUGACAAAACACACCCGCUCUGGCCCCGCCCCCUUCUUGGGGGGCCGCUCUAAUUGAAAAAUGCCCGGGCCUAAUUUUUUUCCCAGUCCGGCCCUGCAACCCAGGGUAUUGCAAGUGGGGUAUGUCCAGUCUUUUUUAGUAGCUACUUAGUCACACCCACCACCACCACCAGAUUCAGAAAAUCCCACCUUGCAAAAUUAACUGUAAUCUAUUGUAAACAUUGCAACUUACAUGUGUGGGUGCCUUAAGUGCCCCUUUAAAUAAGAAAAGGGUGUUUUUGGCAAGGUAAACAUCAUGGAUUUUACAUGGAGAACUGCAUAUUUGCUGCUCCUGAAUAAUGUCCUGAGUACAGUUACACCAAACAUGUUUUCUGUAAAGCACUUUGCAGGUUGUUAUAGCAGCCUGAAAGGAAUCCCUGUAGCGUCCUUAGCAUGCACAAUAUAUUGUCCCUUCUGCCUCCUUAAAGGUUAGUAUACAGCCAUGAAAUUUGACCUACAAAUGUUGCUGUAGAUUGUAGAAGGCAGAUGAGCUGGAAUGGUGCAGAGGGGGAAAUUUAAGCCUUGGGAGAUAUUUGUUAUUCCUCCAUAGAUGGUAAUUUAGAAAUUUUUUUACUAAAAUUGUGUUAUGCAUUGCAUAAAAAUGAUUGCGAGAGAAUAAGUUAAUGCACACAAUUCUGUAUAUGCAUUCUACAAAUACAAAUACUGUGUAGUACAAUAAAGCGUUUGCAUCUGUUGUUUUUAUUAUUUCCCAGCCCAAUAAUUACAGCAGCACGGUUAAGAGAACAGAGGACGGUUAUCGACUCUGCGAUGAGAUUGUAGCUUGUUUCCAAGACAGAGCCAAAAUCGAGAGGCAAUAUGCCCUACAGAUGGAAGAGUGGACCCGCAAGUGGAAGCCUCUGGUAGACAGCAGUGAGUAAAGAACUGAUCAUCACAAGUAUUUCAGUGUUAAGGAAGAAUAUCCCCAAAUUCUUCUCCACGUUGCUUCAUUGUCAGAUUCAUGUACUUUCAGCUACUAAAUUUUUAUUUAGUUUUGCUUUUGCAUAAGGCUGCCAUCAGAAAUGUUGGGAACCCUUACGAAAUAGCUGGCCAAAGGCCCUGGGACCUCAGACAUACUCUUGUUGCAUGCAUACACAUAUACGCUCACAGAUAUACAUUCCCAAAAACAGACAGACAUUUAUACACACAAAAACAUGUACAGGUAAACCUGGACACACAUAGAUACAGACACACACACACAGAGAUACAAACUACAAGACACACCUUGAAACAAAUAAUGCCAGAUGUAUGAAGUAGAUAAGUUGGUGCAAAAAUUUGAAAUGAAAUAUAAAUAGGUUUGCAGCACCCACAAUAUACCCAGGUAAUCAGGUACAGAAGUAAUCACAAAACAGAAAAGUGCUGGUGUGCAGAAAUAUGGACAGGAACCUCUCAAGUGUUGAGAAGUGUUAUUAAACAAGACAUACAGUGAAAACAGGUGUGAUCCCUUAUAGGGGGUCUACAAGACCAAGUAUCUAUAUAUGCAUACUUAUAGCCUGUUACACUGUGCAGUUGAUAUCUGCAGUUAAGGAGACAAAAACAGGGGGGAGGGAACAGAGAAAGCACUCCCAGUGCAAUACAAUUAUUAAAAUUUAAAAAUAAGGUAAACUGUCUCUUUAAGAAUGCAACUCACAAAUGUAGAGUGGUAUUAGCCUCACUCUAAGCUAUCUCGCCGAGGGAGGAUCACCCCCUCGGGUACGUGGGAUCAGAUUAAUGCUCAUGCGACUCCAGUGUCAGGCAAAAAACAUUUAUUCAGAAUAAAAACGGCUGACAAAGCCCCAAGAGGUGGGGCGAAACGCGUCAUGUGACCUGGUGAUUGGGAUACACAGAAACACGGAAGUGAACUGAAUACACACGCCAGCCAGCAGGACCAGCCCCGGAAGGAGAUAGAUGCUUUGUAGUAGUUCAGCGUAAUCUAACUCCCCAUGGUGUGGUGAGCUGCAGCUGGACUGUGCUUUUUACUAUUUGGCUAUCAGCUGUUUUUAUUCUGAAUAAAUGAUCUUCCCCUGUUUUUGUCUCCUUAACUGCAGAUAUCAACUGCACAGUGUAACAGGCUAUAAGUACGCAUAUAUAGAUACUUGGUCUUGUAGACCACCUGUAAGGGAUCACACCUGUUUUCACUGUAUGUCUUGUUUAAUAACACUUCUCAACACUUGAGGGGUUCCUAUCCAUAUUUCUGCGCACCAGCACUUUUCUGUUUUGUAAUGCCAGAUGUAUGCCGAUAAACAAUGCUAGACAUACUCUGUUACACACUGCAACAUAAACACACACAAUUGCACACUGGCAGUCACAUGUAUACACACAGUGCCACACACAUGUUGAAUAAUAUACUAUACAUGUUAUUUUUAGGGAUCCUCCUGAUUCCCAACUUUUUGGGUAAAGGAUAGCGGCUUUUCUUUGUGUUUAGAGAAGUGUGCUGGAAGAGGUUUGUGCUAAGGGUGCCAUCAAAGUGACAGUAAGGGGCCUGCUCCACAGCUGAUUUUUAAAGGACCACCAUAGUGCCAGGAAAACAUACUCGGGCUGGAUGGCGAGGAAAGGGGUUUAAACUUACCUUUUUUCCAGCGCCGGGCGGGGAGCUCUCCUCCUCCUCUCCGAUCCUCCUCUUCGGCUGAAUGCGCAAGCGCGGCAGGAGCAGCGCCCGCAUUCAGACAGUCUCAUAGGAAAGCAUUUAUAAUGCUUUCCUAUGGACGCUUGCAUGUUCUCACUGUGAUUUUCACAGUGAGAAGCACGCAAAUGCCUCUAGCGGCUGUCAAUGAGACAGCCACUAGAGGAUUUGGAGGCUGGAUUAACCCAUUUAUAAACAUAGCUGUUUCUCUGAAACUGCUAUGUUUAUAAAAAAAAAGGGGGUUAAUCCUAGAGGGACCUGGCACCCAGACCACUUCAUUAAGCUGAAGUGGUCUGGGUGCCUAGAGUGGUCCUUUAAUGAAAUUCUGUUAGAGAAGAUUGAAAAUUAGCCAUAUUUUGUUUCAGUGACUAAGGCAAGUGGGUACCCAUGCUGGAGCUGCCCCCCUACCUGUUUCCCCUCUGGCAACCCAACUUUUACAUUUACCUUUGACAGCAGUGAUUUCCAGACUCACCAUUAAAGGGACAUCUUAGGCAAUAUGACUGCUUCAUCUGAUUGAUGUAGUCAGGGCCAGAUUAAGAGCCCAGUGGGCCUGGUGCUGACAAUUAUGACGGGCCUAAUUACAGAAUCAUAUCGACCAAAAACAGUAAAACACUCCCAAGCGUCAUGUAUCUGAUGGAGAUGGUGCUGGAGAGAAAGAAAACAGCAGCUAUAAUAAAACACAUACCCUAUGCUAAUCUCUCUCUAAUUUAUGUUUUCAUCUUUUAAGUAAAUCCAUUACCCCUAACAGCAAUGUCCAGUCAAGCAGGAAGUCAAUGUGCGGGGUAAAAGGGUGUGCCACUGACACAAAUCACGUAACCUGCCAAAAGGGGCGAACAUGCCCAAAAAGAGGAUAUGUCUGCCCAAAGAAUUAGAAGGCCAGCCUGGUAUGAAUGCAUGUCAGGCUGCCUGCCAAUCAUGCAGCUGGCCAACUAAGGGCAUACUAUGCAGACAGCACCCUGAGCUUGGCAUAAAUGCAUCUAAUGAUGCGCUCACUCAACGCUUUCUAAGGACUGUCCACUAGCACUCGCUAGUCCACUUGUCUCCUUACCUUCUUACUAGCAGGCAGAAGCUCCUGGUAUAUGUAGUCUGGGACAGAGAAAAGAUGGAUGUAGUGAGUGUAAACGAAUGGGAACAUGCCACAGUGUUAGAGAGACCAAAGUCAGCAUUACCUUAAAGGAUCACUAUAGGGUCAGGAACACAAACAUGAAUUCAUGACCCUAUAGUGUUAACACCACCAUCUAGCCCUCCUGGGCCCCUCAUGCCUCCAUAAAUAUAGCAUAAUCUUACUGUAUUCAAGCCUGAAGCUGUAACUCUGCAUGCUGUUAGACUCAGAAAACAAGCAGUCUGCUGACAUCAUUAGAAGUGAUGGCCUAAUCCAAUCACAGUGCUUCCCCAUAGGAUUGGCUGAGACUGACAAAGAGGCAGAUCAGGGGAAGAGCCAGCAUGAUUCAAACACAGCCCUGGCCAAUCAGCAUCUCCUCAUAGAGAUGAAUUGAAUCAAUGAAUCUCUAUGAGGAAAGUUCAGUGUCUGCAUGCAGAGUGAGGAGAUACUGAAUGUUUGGAUGCAUUUUAGGCAGCCAUGACCCAGGAAGGAUCUCUAACAGCCAUCUGAGGAGUGGCCAGUGAAGUUAUCACUAGGCUGUAAUGUAAACACUGCAUUUUCUCUGAAAAGACAGUGUUUACAGCAAAAAGCCUGACGGUAAUGAUUCUACUCACCAGAACAAAUUCAAUAAGCUGUAGUUCUUCUGGUGACUCGAGUGUCCCUUUAACUAUGUUCAUUGUCAGCCAGUCCACACAAGUUUUGUUCCCAUACAUCCCUCUUAAGUUUCCAUACAUAAGUAAGAGUAUGUGAAAAGUAGUUAGGGUUGCCACCUUUCUUGGAAAAACAUACCGGCCUUGCUAAUUUGCAUAAUUAAAUGGGUGACAUCACAUGAUGUAAAUCACAAGGAGUGAAAUAAGAGAAAAUGCUGUAAAAUCACCAAAAAACUACUUAGUUUGAUUCUGCUGUAUAGAUGGAUUCCUCCCAGUACCCCAUGUGUCGAUUACUCCAGGUCUCAGUGCCCCAUGUCUCCCAGUGUCCCCUAGUGUCGUGUCCCCAGGUCUCCCAGUGAUCCUAUGUAUCACAGUGUCUCAAUGCCCCAUGUCUCCCUGUGUCCCCAUGUAUCCCAGGGUCCCCAUGUCACUAGGAAGACGGGAAGACCUGGGGACACAGGGAGACCUAGGGACACGGAGACACCAGUGACACUGGGAGACUAGGGGACUCUGGCUGGGACUCAUGGGGACACUGGGAAAAUAGUGGACACUUGAAGACAUGGGGACAUAGACACCAGGGACACAAACACUAGAUACACUGGCUGGGGGACAUGGGGACAUUGAGACAUGGGGCACUGGGAGACAUGGGGACAAGGAGACACCAGGACCACAGACACUAGGGACACUAGCUUGGAGACAUGGGGACAUUGAGACACCUGAGGCACUGGGAGACAUGGGAACAAUGAGACACUGGGAGACUAGGGGACACUGAGACACCAGGGACACUGGCUGGGAGACAUGGGGACACUGUGUCCCCAUGUGUCUGUGUCAUAAUGUCUCCCAAUGUCCCUUAGUGUCUCAGUGUCUGCCAUAAUGUCCCCCAAUGUCCCUUAGUGUCUCAGUGUCUGCCAUAAUGUCUCCCAGUGCCCCUUAGUGUCUCAGUGUCUGCCAUAAUGUCUCCCAGUGUCCCUUAGUGUCUCAGUGUCUGCCAUAAUGUCUCCCAGUGUCCCUUAGUGUCUCAGUGUCUGCCAUAAUGUCUCCCAAUGUCCCUUAGUGUCUCAAUGUCUGCCAUAAUGUUUCCCAAUGUCCCUUAGUGUCUCAGUGUCUGCCAUAAUUUCUCCCAGUGUCCCUUAGUGUCUCAGUGUCUGCCAUAAUGUCUCCCAAUGUCCCUUAGUGUCUCAGUGUCUGCCAUAAUGUCUCACAAUGUCCCUUAGUGUCUCAGUGCCUGUCAUAAUGUCUCCCAGUGCCCCUUAGUGUCCCCAUGUCUCCUUGCAGCCUUUCCCCCAUCCCUUACUUCCCUGAGCUGUAGGCUGUCUCUGCAGGGUGGGAGUUGCUGUCUGGACUCUCUGUAGCUGCACCCCUGCAGAUCAGUAAGUAUAGAUAGGCAGGGAGGGAUAUGCUGGAACUUCCUAUCCCUGCCUCUCUCCAUACACAGUGACCCCUACUGGCCAGUGCUGGUAUUGCAGAGUAAUCUCUUGUUUAUACUGAGAAAAAUACCAACAUUUGUAUUGCCAGUAUCACUGCAAUAUUGGCACCAGCCAGGCAGCCUCAAAUACUGGCUGUGCCAAUAAAAUAAAAGUCAGGUGGAAUCCCUAAGAGUAGUGUGUGGAAAAAAAAAAAAAAUUAAUUUAUUUUUUUUUUUUUUUAAUAAAUCAAUGGGCCUAUUCCAUGGGCCUGGGCCUGGAGCUGCAGCUCCAUCAGCCCCUAUGUUAAUCCGGCCCUGGAUGUAGUUAUAGUGUCUGGGGUCCCCUGGCACUGUCAUUUUAUUCAGUGUUAAACCAUUUUUAAUGUUUUAAUGUUAAACAGGCGUCCCCAGCAGCCCAUCCCCUGUGCUACUUGGGCUAAUUAGUAAUAUUAGCCUGAGCAGCAAUAGACAGCUGUGAUUGGCUGUUAUGAAUCAGUAUGGCUACAAGGAAGUGUAUAAUCUCUGCCUUAGACAUAUCCCCAGUGGGGGUGGGGCCAUGGGAAACAAGGGACCCACAUUCAGUGUUUAAUUGCUUGAAAAUGGUUUAACAAUGAAUGGAGGGACAGAGCCAGGGGAUUCCAGGCACUAUAACCAACUCAAUGAGAAUUAAUUGUUGUAGUGUUUACAGUGCUCCUUUAAUGAUUACCUUUCAGACUACAAUGAAUAUAUGACUGCUGAUCCUUCUGGAAAUCAUUAAAGCUUGAACUAUUUGGGGUCCUUGAAAGUUGAAAUGUUGAUAUAUUUUUAAUUCAGGAGGUCAUUUUGUUUUCCUUUUAAUUUUAUUUGUAAGAAACAAGUAAUUCGGCGAUAAAGAUAAAUAAUUGGAAGGAGGCAUGACUAAAAGGAAAUCAUUGAAUAAAUGGACUCAAGACCUCCCGUUUUAGUGUCAGAUAGUAAUUAGAAAGUUAGAAUGUCUUUUUUCUUUCAGGUCCCAUGUAUGGCUCUCUCCUACGUGCUUGGCAAUCAUUUAUGACUGCCACGGAGCGGCUCAGCGAACUUCACACACAGAUCCAAAAGACUUUGGUAACCGAUGAUGCUGAUAAAAUACGCAAUUGGCAAAGGGAGACAUAUCAUCGCAAGAUAUUUGGAGGCUUCAAGGAGUCAUGUGAGAUUGACAAUGGGUUCUACAAGGCACAGAAGCCAUGGGCAAAAAAGUUAAAAAAGGUAAUUUUUCCUCUGAGUAUGUUUUAGAGUUUUUCACAAUUUUUUUGCAUUUCUACUAAUAAACAUCUCCACUUGCCGCUCUCAUGUUUCACAUCAUCCAAGUUUCUUCUCUGGUUGGCUAAAGAGUUUAUGGUGGCUUUUAUAUUUACAUCUGUCAUCGGUUACCCUGUAUUCUGUCUUGCCACCUUUCUCUCCUCUUUUCUAGUUUUCUAGAGAAAUCUUGACCCUGAAAGUCCUUUAAUUUUCAUUCUACUGCUCUUCCCUAUCAUUUGACUAUUGUUAUGCUUUUUAAGCGUCUGCCUACUGAUUUCUUUCUUGUCCAUCUUUGCAAUGCAUACAUUUCUCAAUAUUUAGGACAUUUUGGGUACCUGUAGAUGUAAUGGAGGUCACUGGUCCUCACUUUCUCUCUCAGAGAAUUUAACCAUGCAUUAUUGACGCAAUUUUUUUAUUCAUCUGAUUAGAAAUAUAAUUUUCGUCCAGGUCUGUGGAUGAAUGCAAUGCCCUGUGCUACUUUAUUUUUACCCUUCUGAGAUGGAAAAACACCAAUUACCUCUUCAUGGCUAUUUAAGUGACUAUUUCUCCUUGGACCAUUAAUAUUGAGGUUCCUGGACCUGUUUGGUUUAUGGGCCCAGGUUUGUGCUCCUAUACGGGUGCAUUGUAAAUGAUCAGUAAUAUACCAAUGGCUGCCUCUCCCUCGAUAACCGAUCCAGUACCUCUUUUUUAUGUCUCUAAAUUUAAAGCAUAUUUACAGGCCCAUAUCUGGAUGACUAAUCCAAAGAAAAUCCCUUCUCAACAAAUAACGUGUGCAUCCAUGUAUGUGGCUCCAUUGACCAUGGCUGUAGGACCUACAACUACCAAAAAGAAACAAACUACACCUUUUCCAAUUACUCCUCAUUUUUUUUUUCUAGAGUGUAUUUCCACAUUCAAAGUAUCCCACCAUGUUUAAACGUUCUUUCUCCUAAUCAACAGUAUCCAUCCAAGAAUUGUCUUCAUGAUACCAGUAUGUCCCAGAACCCAUGUACCGUAGCAUGUUCAAAACCUUACACACUGUGUGUGCUUGUUCACAGGUAGAGAAAUCCAAGGCAGCCUAUCACAAAGCGUGCAAGAAGGAGCACUUUGCCACAAUCCGAGAAAACAAUGGAAAGAUCAACCCGGAACUGUCUCCCGAGAAACUAAAGAAACUAACAGAAGACCAUGAGAAAUACACACAUGAUAAGGAAAAGGUGAAUCAUCACCGUGAAAAUCUUUCUACUACUGCCAGCCAAAGUAGAAAACCAGACAAUUAUAUUUUAUUGUUAACGAACCUAUUUUUACUUUGUUUUUACAAAAUGUCUCUGGUUUAUAUUUUAUGUUUUAAUGGUUUUCCUUCAGGUAUAGUAUAUGUAAUCCAUGUUAUGACUUUAGCUAGGGGGGAAUUAAUGCUAUUUACAUAGAAAGAGCUCUUAAAUGUAAAAGUAAGCUCUCGGAAAUUAGUCCAGGCAUACUACUUUAACGUAAGAAAUGCAGCCUAAGUUUAAACCUUACAGGCAUGCAUUUGUCUCGUUUUGCCACUCUAUCUCCAUGAACCCUCCAUCUAUUUUCAACAGUAUUUAGUUUCUCUCAACUGACUUCCCUUGUCUCCGGUUCUUUGAUCGCACAAUCAGAUUCCACAUUUGAAAUGAUAAUAUAACUUGUUACUUGGAUAGCGUGAGAAGACUUUACUGCUGGAUGGAAGGCACCCAGUCAAUGUAUCGUCCACUGGACAAACCGCUAGAGAUGCUCACUCAUGGUUCUGUGCUCCAGAAUGAUGGCAUCAUAUUCACUACCCAGUGCUCUGCCAGAGAACAAACUGGGGUUUUGAAAAGAGCACCGCUGGACGUCUGUGCUGCAGAUUUGUGGAAGGGAAAUCCGGUCUUCCUAACCAUCAAAUGGUGCUGCACAGUAUCUUGGUACCCAAGUGAGUUGGUAUAAUCCCAAAUAUCAAUUGAAAUGAUUUUUUGGGGCUAUUUUGAUCUAAAUGUUGCAGUUAGCUGUCAUCUCUACUGAACGUGGGGCUCAGAGCAGGGGUGGCUAAAAGGCAUAUCCACAGGUGCAAUACCCAUAAUGCUUUGUGAAGCUUAAGGCUGAUAAAGCAUUAUGGGAGUGGUAGUAUUUCAAAAGCUUGAGGUGUUGUUUUCACCAAUCCUAGACUAGGGAGUAGAUCCCCUGGUUGAAAAGGAGUUUGUCCACAAGUGACAUAUCAUUUUAUAAUAUAUCUAAUGAUAAAAUAUUGUUGUGACAUUGCAGGUGAAGCAGAGGUACGAGAAAUCUCUACAGGAGCUUAAUAAGUAUAAUGCCAAAUACAUGGAGGAAAUGGAAACCGUGUUCGACCAAAGCCAACAGAUGGAACAGAAAAAGAUUCUCUUCCUCAAACAGGCUCUUCAUUCUGUACACAAACAUCUUGACAUCACCAGCAAUGAGAGGUGAGCAGUCUACACCUUACUACACUCUAUAUCACUCCAAGUACCCCAAUAAAAUCACUUUCUACACAUCCCACAUCCACAAAAGCUCUCAUCUGGGAGAAUGACCUGACUGCUCACUCCAAGAGCAAUGAAAUGAACAUAGAGUCACAUGGGCUGUAUGUUGUGCUAAGCAGGAGCUCACAUUUAAGAUCGUGUAUGCUUUAGUUUCCAGGACACAAAUGAGCUAAUAUACAUAUUUACACUGAUCAGCCACAACAUUAAAAUUACCUGCCUAAUAUCCUGCAAGUCCCCCUCGUGCUGCCAAAACAGCUCUGAUGCGUGGAGGUAUGGACUCCACAAACCCUCUGAACAUGUCCAGUGGUAUCUGGCACCAAGACAUUAGCAGCAAGUUGCAGGGUUGGGCCUCAAUGGGUCGGAUUUGUUGUACCAGCACAUCCCACAAAAUGCUCAAUCAGAUUAAAAUCUGAGGGAUUUGGAGGCCAAGGCAACACCUUGAACUCUUUGUCACACAAUUUUUGCAUGUGGCAGGGUGCGUUAUCUUGCUAAAAGAGGCCAUUGCCAUCAGGGAACACCAUUGCCAUGAAGGGGGUGUACAUGGUCUGCAACAAUCUCUAGGUAGGUGGUACAUGUUAAAAUAACAUCCACAUGGAUGCCAGAACCCAAAGUUUAACCAGCAGAACAUUGCCCGGAGCAUAACAAUGUGUCCACCAGCCUGCCUUCUUCCCAUAGUGCAAACUGCUACAAUCUCUUCCCCAGGUAAACGACGCACACGCAGCCGGCCAUCCAUCUGAUCUCAAAGAAAGUGUGAUUUAUCAGAACAGGUAACCUUCUUCCAUUGUUCUACGGUCCGGUUCAGACACUCACGUCUCCAUUGAAAGCUCAUUUAGCAGGAAAUGGGGGUUAUCAUGGACACUCUGACUGGCCUGCAUCUAUGCAGCCACAUAAACAGCAAACUGUUUGAUGAAGGUUUUUCAGCACUUUGAGCUAUAGAAGCUCUUCUGUGUGAUCGAACCAGACAGGCUAGCUUUCACUCCCCACGUGCAUCAGUGAGCCUUGGGCGUCCAUGACCCUGACGCCAGUUCACUGGUUGUCCUUCCUUGCACCACUCUUGGUAGAUAUUAACCACCAUAUACCGUGAACACGCCACAAGACUUCCCGUUUUGGAAAUUGUCAGAUCCAGUCAUUUAGCCAUCAGUAGUUGGCCCUUUUCAUAGUCACUCAGAUCUUUUAGCUUGCCCAUUUUUCCUGCUUCCAACACAUAAAAAUUCAAGAACUAACUGUUCACUUGCCGCCUAAUAUAUCCCACCCCUUGACUGGUGCCAUUGUAACAAUAUAACCAAUAUUAUUCCCUUCACUUGUCAUUGGUUUUAAUGGUGUGGCCGAUCAGUGUAUGUAGUGACUGGUAGUACAUGAAACGAGUUGCACUGUGCUAUGUGGAAUUCAAUUUCUGGAGGGGAGGAAACCAAAUAAAUAUUCAGUGUGGAAUCCUGCAGGAUAUGAGUUCUAUAUACAGCAAGGCAGACUGCACGUUUUUUAUGUUUUGUUUUUUAAGAAUUAAUGAGACACAGUGUUAGCAGGAUAUAAGCAGUAGGAUUACAAUACAAUAACACAGGCAUUGUGUGCUAAGGUAACAGUGGAUCAACACAAUGAAAUUUUGAUUAGUAAGAUACAAGAUGAAUAACCAAGAUAUAUUAAACAUAGCUAAGUGAGCUAGGACUGAACACUGAUAUGUAAACAACCCUACAGGCCAUAAUAAAGGGAGAUGGGCUCCAGAGACAUUCUGCUUGGGUUGGAAAUCCCAGGGGUAAGAGUCUCUGGGUGAGGUAAGGUAAUCAGCCGCUGCCCCUUCGUGAGGCAGAGUCACCAGGUGCUGCAGAUAGGUACCGCUUCCAGGUGUACCAGAGAAACAGCCUGUCAACUCAGCUCUGAGUUGAUGUCGUUAUAUAGGACCAAGCAUGCUCCAGUAGAGUGACCGCCAGCGUGGGAUCAGCGGGGACAGGUAAGUCCCCUGGACGGCGGGGUUGUUCUAUGCCACCCUCCGUCAUUUAGAGCAACCCCAAAAAGGACAGUAUAGAACGCCCGCCGUCCUUAAGGGGUAGAAGGAAAACGCCGGUCCCCAAUACAACAUUUAUGCAUUUGAUAGAUCUUGACCUCAUUAAUAUGCUGCCUUUAUUCUGCUUGUAUAUCUAUGGUUUUUGCACAUAAAAAGAAUAUAAAUGUUUUGGAGAAUUGUGCACCAGGCGCUAUUCUCUGUAUUCACGUCUCCUAAUGCCAGAAAGUUGCCCUUAUCAGUGUAUGUAUACAGUGUCAGCCCCAGCAGCACUGAGUGGACUUUAAUUCCCAAUCUGGCUGCAGACAGUCAUAGAAACUGCAAACAGGUAGUGAUAUCCUUACUAUAUGUCUCCAUGUGUAUCCUCGCCUUCUAAUGCUGGUUGAUUAUUUUUUUGUUCAGAUCAUUCAGUGCUGUAAGUGGGUACUGUGCGUAUAUUCGAUAAGGAAGUCUUUUUCUGGAGUGAGGGGGCGUGCCUAAAGAGGCUGGUUUAUGGUUCAGCAUUCAGAAGGGAAAAAAAACAUUGAGCAUGCAAAUCCUCGCAAACAAACAACAAUACAAAACAGCAGCAAAUUAAUUAUGCCAAAACCAUCACAAGUAUUAAAUCUGUGUUGGGGCCGGAAUGUCUUUUUAAGCUGGCAAGUAUUACUGUUUUGGACCCACAUACAAAUGACUCAAAAUGUACCAAUGUACAUGUGAAUUAUGCUUAUCUACCUUUAAUGAAUUGACCAAUGCAUAUUGUAUUUUAUUUACAGUGUGCAAAUAGUGUAUAAUGACCUGAAUCAGGCAAUAAUGAGCGUUAACGAACAGGACGACUUGAAGUGGUGGAGAAACAAGCAUGGCCCAGGGAUGUUAAUGAAUUGGCCCCAGCUGGAGGUACUAUUUGGGAUCAUAUGUCGUGUUUUAUUUCUCGUAUUCUGAAUAUCGGCAUACUGCUCACAUUGUAAGGUUUAUUCCAUAAAAAGUGUUGAGUUGAAAACUUCUGCCAAAAUAACUGAAUUUUAAAUAUUUUCCAGUGAGAGUCCAUUUUUCCAUCUAUUCCUCUAAACCAUGAAUACAUACCUCUCGUAUUGAAAGAUACACUAUAGUCACCAAAACAACUUUAGCUUAAUGAAGCAGUUUAUGUGUAUAGAUCAUACCCCUGUUGUCUCACUGCUCAGUUCUCUGCCAUUUACGAGUAAAAUCACUUUUGUUUCUGUUUAUGCAGCCUUAGCCACACCUCCCCUGGCCAUGACUGACAGAGCGUGCAUGGAAAAAAAACAUGGUUUAAUUUUCAAUCAGUUAACUUUAGAAGUUAUUAUCUCCUGCUCUCUAGAUUUAACUUUAAUAAUACACAGGAGGCUCCUGCAAGAUCUAGCAACCUAUUAACAAUUUAGGAGAUAAGAAUUUCUAAAUUAAACGUGUAAACAUUAGAUGACGCUUUACAGGAAGUGCUUAGAAAGGCUGUGCAAGUCACAUGCAGGGAAGUGUGGCUAGCGCUGUGAUUUUACUACUAAAUGACAGAGAACUGAGACUGCAGGUUUAUGAUAUAUACAGCAAAUCUGCUUCAUUAAAUUAAAGUUGUUUUGGUGUCUAUAGUGUCCCUUUAAGUUCUCUAAGAAGGUGGAUUUAUGAUCCAUCAGGCAGAUCAGUGUACCAUAGGCAGUUAUGGUAAACUGAAACAGUUAUCCAUAGAAUGCAGUCAGAGGAAUUCAAGGGAAUGGAGAGGCCUUUUCCAGAAUUAGAAUGCAAAGUUCAUGAGACCUGCUGGAGGUCAGGGAGGUUUGCAUCAUGUGAGUCUCUACAGGCUUUUUAACCAAAGUGUGAGUUGCUGAGAAAUCAAAGUGAAUUAAAAAUUUUAGGCCCAAAUUUCAAGUCAAAAAUUUGAAUUUGCUUUGAAUCUCUGGCAAUCCACUCUUUAGGGAAAUAUCCUGUUACAUUCUAAACUUUGGUUUAAGUAGGUAAACUCAGCAGUUGUUUGGACCAUGUCGAGGUUAAUGUAAGUCUAGGCAGAGCUAAACAUACUCAAGUAAAAUGCCAGUGAGUAACCAACUACCUUGUUGAAAAGUGUGUGACAAAAAUAGGCACAAGCCUACUAAACAACUUGCUGCAGAGUAACGUGUAAAAAUAUAAAAGGUUCAAUAAACGUAGCGGAUUAUUUUCUAAAUUGUGAUAUAAAGAAUAUUGAAACCUCAGAUUUAAAAAAAAAAAAAAAAGAUUUAGAAUGAUUAAGUUUCAUGUUAAAGUUACCAUAUUCCAGUAAAAGUCAGAUCUGGUAGGAUCCAGAAUUCAGGUGUAUAUAGAAUAUAUAUAUUUCAAUAGACAUCCAUCAUUAGAAUUGGUUUUUUUUUUCAUGGAAAAGUGCAGAGAAACAUAGUCGAAACACCACUUAAUGCAAUGGAAUGAAGGAGAACAGCUCGUGGUCUCAAAACUCUAAAGGAGAACCAUCAUAUUCACAAAGACUUGAUGUAGCCAAACCACUCAUAGUCACAAAGCUCUGAAAGCUGGGCAAUCUAUGGGAUUGAAUUUGACGCACAGUUUUCAGCCCUUGAGACAUUCACAGCUAUUUUAAUUGUUAUUAGUCAUAUAUCAAAAUAAAAUACCACCUCUCCUCAAAUGUCAGGGUCAAAAAACAACAAAAGGAAAAAAAUAUAUACAUCUCGACCUGGUGAAAAUGCACCCUAGGGUUGUGUGAGGACUGAUAGCUCAAGAUACAAACAUUGUUCUUUGCCUAGAUCUCACAAUUUUGGGAAAAAGUAUCUCAACUCUAAAGUAGACACUCGGAGGUAUGCUACGGCCAUCACAUUCUUCUGAAGUGUGAACCGAGAUAUGUAUAAAGCAGAAGUCCAACUUUGGCCAUGCCAAUAGAUAAUAUUUAGAGGUUUUAACCCCUUAAGGACACAACUUCUGGAAUAAAAAGGAAUCAUGACGGAAUAUUUCCAUCACAUUCUUCUGAAGUGUGAACCGAGAUAUGUAUAAAGCAGAAGUCCAACUUUGGCCAUGCCAAUAGAUAAUAUUUAGAGGUUUUAACCCCUUAAGGACACAACUUCUGGAAUAAAAAGGAAUCAUGACGGAAUAUUUACGUCGUGUCCUUAAGGGGUUAACUAUGGAAACCCAUUCUUAGAAAUGAAUUAUAGAGAGCAGGGAGCAUUAAGGGAGAUGCAUUUUUAGUCGAAAAUCAUGGUUGCAAAUGUUGGCCACUCCUGAUGGAGAGUGUGGACAUCAAUAAUGCAACAUUUCUAACAAAUGUCAGCUAAAAACAAUGAAUUUGCAUUUCACAUUAUCACAGUUAAUUUUUGCAUCUUCCACAGGAGUGGAGUCCAGAUGUAGAGCAGCAGAUUGUGAAGAAGAAGAAAGUGAAAGAGACGGACAAAGUGAAGUUAUACAGUGUCACACCCACGGAAAGCAGGUUAAUGUCUACACUAUUCAGAAUUUUUUUCUUUUAUUGAAUGCAAGUUACAGAUUGUGUUGUUUGCAAAGAACUGAAAAAAAAAAUUUUCUAGUUCACUGGAAAGAACGGAAAAUGUUAUUUUAAUUCAACUUUAAAAAUAUAGUAAAUGUUCCCUUAAAUCUCAGGGAUUUGUUGUGUUGAGCUAUUUUAAUAGCGUUUGUUUCAUUUGUUUAUUGCAAACCGCUGAAAGUCUUUUAAACUUUGACAGUAAACCGGAUUUCCAAAGGGGGUUGAAUAAUUUUGACUGCAACUGUACCAUUCAAAAUAAAGAGUGCGAAGAUAACCCACAGAAUAACGUGAUCAGCUAACUAGCACUCAACGUAAAUAUAUAGGGACACAUUCACUAUUUUAUCUGACUGAGCAGCAAUGUUAUGUCAGACUUUAAUGUUAUCUGACCAACUGCUGCUCAACCCAACUUGCCUGCUGCUGCGAUUGCUUUUUUUAAAACUAAAGAAAAAGGCAAGUUAGGUUGAACAGCAGUUGGUCAGAUAACAGUAGAGUCUGACCCAAUAGGGCAGCCAUAUUAAAAAAAUAAAAUAAAAAAAACACAAAAGUGAACAUUUCUCAAAACCCAUAUACAUCAUUUUAAAAUAAACUUUUAAUAAAUCAGAAGUGGAAAUUUGAUGAAAGUUGUCCUUUUUACUAGUGAUGGUGCUUGUAUGUGCAGUGUUCAGGUGGACCUCACUUUGCGAUGGCUCACACUUCCGACCAGCUCUCUAGCGUAGGGAUUCCCCACGUUAUGGGGAAUGUUUGGGGCAAUUUCCUCGAACAUAGAUUAGACGGAUUCCCUGCUCUGGUGCAGGGAAUCCCUCUAAUCUUUGUUCGAGGAAAUUGCCCCAAACAUAGAAAAACACACCAGCCAGGGAAUUCCUCUAAUCUAUGUUCGGGGAACAUAGAUUUGAGGGAUUCCCUGCUCUGCUUGUCUUUGUUUGUGGAAAUUUCCCAGAACCUAGAUUAAAGGGAUUCGCUGCUCUGCUGUGCUUGUCUAUGUUUGUGGAAAUUUCCCCGAACAUAGACCUGCAUGGUCUGUAAGUGAGGAGCAUCUGUACUUUGAAAUGCUGCACGUACAUUUUUUGUUGCUGCCAGAGGUGUAACUCCCCCUUUGAUACCGGAAGAAUGAGAGAUCUGGGCUGACUAAUGUCAAUAUUUCUGUGUAUAUUUCUGUGGACAAAGGGCCUUUUUUGGCUUAGAGUGUUCAGCGGAUGCUCUCAGCUAAUAAUGACCAGUAGUAUUAGAAACUGGCUUCUGUGGAGCUGUGCCACUGGGCAUUAGAGGAGGAUCUGUGCCCAGCAGGGACCCAGGUAAGAGAUAAACCAUUGCCAAAUGGUUUUCCCCAUUUCCAGCGAAUAGCGCCAGAACACUUCUAGUAUAAUAACCACAACAGUUGGCUGCAAGAGUAGCCCUUUUAAGUCCAAAAUUCACUUUGAAUUCCUGUCAGUAUUCUGAAACGCUGAUCACUUUAGAAUUGAACCUUCAUCGCCUGGUUUGGACAUAUGGCCUAUCUGGAGUGCUGCCAUUUUCUCUCACCAUUUUACCCAACUCCUAUAACUCUCAAGCAAAUUAUGGGAGUUUGAAUGUAAAACCAAUUAGGGAACAAGCUCAGACAUUGUACACGAUGCUUCCUGUGCCACUGACGCUACCAUAACCUGUCAUUCUGUGACCAUGUUAACAUGACAUUAAACUAUAUACAUAUAGUCAGCCAGUCACGUUUGCUUUUUUUACAGCAUGAACAAACCUCCUGUAAAUGUGACGGGAGUGCGUGUGCGAGCAGUGUACGAUUACUCAGGACAGGAAGCGGAUGAACUCAGUUUUAAAGCAGGUAACGCAUCAACGUUUGACAUCCAUAACCCUACCUUCUCAGAUAGUACCUGGAAAUCUGAUUCCGAUACUAACAUUCAGAAUGACUCUCAGUAGUACGCAAUACCACUAAACAGAGAUAUUUGGACACCUAUAGGCUUUGGCCUAGAAACUUGAGCUAGAUCAGGUGCUGAAAAUCAGGCCUGAUCUGCAACCUUCUCAUCAGGAAAGUUAGGUAAACAAAACAAUGUUUUUUAACUUUCUACCUCUUUAUCCGUAACCUGCCCGUCUGCCUUUCCACAUUUUGUCCCCUUUCCCUGCUUUCCCUUAUUGACAAUUAUAUUUUAGCUUGCUAAAAUGCUUUGUGUGAAGAGUUUGUCAUCUUGUUUUCAUUUUACAAAACAUUCAGAUUUCAAUAGCAAUUGGCAGUUUUAUAAAUUAACCUUGUUACAUCCCCAAGGCUGUCAAUCAGACAGUAAGUCCUGUUACUUCCUGGUUUGGUUAGCUCAGUGGAGCUAAACUCACGAGGCAGCAAUUGCCAAGAGCACCUCCCUUACAAAGACUUCUCAUUGAGCUGCAUUGGGAAGUCUGUGACUGGACAGCCACAGACAGUCUGGGCGAGCUAGAAGGGGAGGGCUUGCAAAGGCUGCAGCAAGAGAUUGGCAGUUUUUGCAAACUGUUUUUACAUAUACCCUAAUAAAAAUAAAAAAAAGUAUAAUUAAAUGCCUGCAUGUUUCCACUCUGGGUAUAUCUACUAAGCAAUGAUCUAUUUAGUCUUGUUUGGGCAGUGGAGGGUCCCUUUUAAAUAGUAGUAUGAAUCAUUGUUUGCUGAAUAAACAUGGCAGGAUGUGGAUUAUUGUGUUCAUUAGUGAAUUCUGUCUACCUAAUCAGGUGAUGAAUUGACGAAGAUUGAAGACGAAGAUGAACAAGGCUGGUGUAAGGGCGUGACAAAUCGUGGACAUGUGGGACUCUAUCCUGCCAACUACGUGGAAGUGAUUUCUGACUAAAUGACAGGAAACAGGAAAAAAAAUCUGAACCCAGUGUGUCCCAGUAUACACAGAUCUAGCCCCGCUGACAGAGAUAACACCGUGUGGGCUUCAACAAACUUUCCACAUGGAUAUUGUGUUAACCACUUGCAGGCUUGCCAAAACAGGAAAUGCCACUAUUAUCGAGUAGUGUAACUAGUUAGAGGGACACUCAAGGAGCCAUAUAACAACUUCAUCUCAUUGAAGUGAUUAUGGUGCCUGGAGUCCUCCAGUGCCAUCUUACUGUUGCAUAUUAAACUGUUCGAAAUGAGUGUCCCUAGUCGCUCACAUUAGCCCAGGCAGUGAUAGGAUGAGGGCCUUGUAGUGAUCUCAGCCUAUUUGCACUGCCCACCGCUAAUAUAACUUGGUAUGGCUGAUGUGUAAGAGCCUCCUCAUUCACCAUACCCUCAAGAUUUUGCUUUGACCCCAAACAAUGAGACCGCGCCAAAGGACUCCAGGCACUAUAACUACUUUAAUAUGACGUGGUUAUCCUGACUUAAGUGUCUUUCAACAUUCUCCUUUUUAGCCCACUAAAAUCUAUUUAAAGGGGUGAGCUCAUUAAACAGGGCCCUCCACCUCUCUGUUCCUGUAUGUCCAGUUGUCUGGUUACAAAUACAUGUCUGUUAGUCCACCUAUUGUACAGCGCUAUGGAAUCUGAUGGCGCGUUAUAAAUAAUAAAAUAAUAUUUCACACAGAUCCCAUACAAUGAUUGGACAAUGUACAUGGUGUGGGAUUUAGAGAACCCAUGGGCACCGCAGACUUCAUCCAUGCACUCUAUUCUUUAUGCUUGUAGAACAAAGAAUGUUGUGUCAGGACAACAAAGAACAUAGGAUUUUUUUAUAAUACAUAAUAAUUGAAUAAUUAAGAUGUUUACUAUAAAACAUUUUCCCCUGAUGUACACUUUGUCCUCUAUUAAUUGUUCACGUUCUGAUAUUAUAUGCAACAUCAACAGAAUAAUGCAGAAUCUCAUUAUCCUUUCCAGCAGAGGGUCUGAUUACUGAAUGUAACAUCAGGACUCUGCUCUCUUUAGAGAAAUAUAAUGGGCCCUUAGGGAUAGUGUAGGGAAUAGUGGUGCACAUAUGGCAAGGACUAAUAUAUGAUAACUUGUAGUGUAAAGCUUAACAAAUUUCCCUAGAAUUUAACAAGCCAACACCCAGACUUAGCCACAAUUAUAUGCCACAGGCUCACACAACUCGCCAGUCCUAAAAUACACGCCCCUAUACAAAGACUUCAAAUUGAAUUCUUAUUCUCUUAUGGUAUCCCAGCAGGAGGGCACAUUAUCAGUACAAGCUCAAUUUGUAAUGAAGCUGGGCCAGUAUAACAUGAAAAGUGUGCACCUGCCCUUGCUGUCUGUGGUUAAAUAGCGUUGGAUGGAUAAUUUAUAUCAGAAAGGCAGCAGCGGAGCCAGACUUUGGUUGACGGGUUUAAAAAAAAAAAAAGUAGCUCUCGACAUCCUGCAACUGUAAAAUGAGCAAGACUUUGUUUAUAUCGUUAAGGGCUGGUUUGUUUUAAUGGAUUUCAGUUACUGGUGUUUAAUGGAACACUAAAAGCACCAUAACAACUGUAACAGGUUUUUUUUGCUUACUUGUCUGCUUAUCACCUCUCCCUGACUACACUACUAACACUGGAGAACCAGAAGCUCCUAAG